AGUAACAUUCAGUUGGGUAAACAGUGUACCGUGUAUUUUCGAACGUAUCGACGAACAAUUCACGUUAAGCAGUCGUUCACAAACUCGUUCUUGUAUUUUACAAGUCAUUCAAUUCGUUACUGUGGUGAAGUAUUUGUUUUGUGUCAAUUCAUUCCUCUUGGACCGUUUCAAAGUCCAAACGCAUCCCUUUGUUUGUGUUCGGUAGCGGAGUUUUACCACGAGCUUCGUUGAGUCGCGAUUACGCGGGGCGCUGGAAAUUGUCCGGUGUAAAAGUGGAACGGCCAUCUAGUCUUGCGUAGAGGUCGUUGCUCUACGUACGUAAACAUCGAGCCAAGUGAGCGGUUGCGUGAAAUCGAGUGAAAGAAAUCAAGCUUUAUUGGCAAGGCGUAGUGUUUCGGAGCAAUGAAUCGUGAAAGUAUCUACUUCCUUCCGGAGGGAAGCACGGAGAGCACCUUUUGCUACGAUGAGGAUCGUCCCCGGCUGCCCCUGCCAAAGCUAGACCACACCCUGAAGCGAUACCUGGAGUCGUUGAAACCGUUCGGGUCGGCGGAAGAGUUGGAAAACUCCAAAAAGAUCAUCGAGACGUUCCGUAAAGGUGUCGGGGCGAAGCUCCAGGCGAUUCUCGAGGCGAAGGCCGCGAAGGAAAAAAAUUGGGUGGAUAAAUGGUGGGAAGACUAUGCGUACUGCACCUUGCGGAUGCCACUGAUUCCAUACUGCGUGAUGGUGCAACCGCUGCUAUUGAACACCGUUGGACUCGAGACGGUUCCGGAAAACUUCCUCAAGGGUCCCGCCACUUGCAUGCAUCACAACAUGGUAUUUUGGAAGUUGUUGCGCACGGAACGUCUGCGCCCUAUCGCCAGCGUGGACAAAAAGACCGUUUUCUCGGCCGAACAGUACCGCCGGCUGUACAAUACCGUGCGCACACCCGGCCUCGAGAUGGACAAGGUGGAGUGUCACUUUCGGACGGAGCGGGAAGGCCCGUGUCCGUCGCACAUUAUCGUGCUGUACGGUGGCCGUAUCUUCAAAGUGCCCGGAUUGGACGGCAACGGUGAUCCGCUAAGCCCGCAGGAUUUUCUUUUCAGCCUGCAGCAAAUUCAGCUGAAAGUGGAAGGAGAAAGUGUGCAGCAUGCGGGAUUACCGGUUCUGACGAACGACGAUCGGACCACGUGGGCAAAGAACCGACAGCACCUGGUGGAACUUUCGUCCCGCAACCGGGAGUUGCUGUUGGAGGUGGAAAGUGCCGUCGCGUUGAUGAUCUUGGACACACAUAGCCCGCAAGAUUUGUCCGACUUGGCCCAGCUGGCACUAACCGGUGACGUCCGUUCGAAAUGGGCGGACAAAAGCUGCGGUACGAUCGCGUUCCAAAACGGUCAAAUGGGUUGCUAUGGUGAGCACUGUUGCUACGAUGGGUCGAUUUCGAUUUCCAUCAGCCUGUACGUGAUGAUGAGCAUCGCGGAGGAAGGUGUACCGGAUUGGAGCGUACCAGCCAAGAAUCUUCAUUUCCCGGAGGAACUGGUGUUCGAUUUGGAUGAUACUCUGCGCGAAGAAAUUGUUCGAAUGGAGAAAGUUUCCGACGAAAUGAAAAAUAGCGUCAUAGUUUCGAUGGAUCAGUUCCAAGAUUACGGGAAAGCGUUUAUGAAACAGCACAAAAUCCACCCGGAUGCAUACGUGCAAACUGCACUGCUGCUUACCUACUACCGGCUGCAUGGGACGUUUGCCCCGACGUACGAAACGGCCAUGAUGCGGCAGUACUACAAGGGACGCACCGAAACGUGUCGCUCCUGUAGCAUCGAGACUGUCAAUUUUAUCGAAGCGAUGCAAGAUUCCAACCAAAGUUCAGCGAGCAAAGCGAAACUAUUCAAGCUGGCUGCUAAUCGCCAGAUGGAACUGAUGAACGAGGCACGCCGAGGAAACGGAAUCGAUCGUCAUCUGUUUGGGCUCUGGUGCGUAGCAUUCGACAACGGGAUACCCACGCCGGAACUGUACGACGAUCCGCUAUACAGCAAGAGUGGUGGCGGAGGAAACUUUAUACUGUCGACCAGUACGCUCGGUUACACGAUCAAUUGUGGAUUCGUGGCCCCGAUGUGCAUGGACGGAUACGGUUGUUUCUACACCAUGCUCGAGGACAGCAUUUGGGCCAUUUUUUCGGCCUAUCGUGAAAGCACCGUCACCAGCGGUCACAAAUUUCAGCAAACAUUCCACCAGGUCAUGCUGGACCUGAAAAGUCUGCUGGAGCAGAGCGAGGGACACAACAAGCUUUAAGAAAUUGUAUUCUUUUAUUUCUAAAAACGAUUCUUUGGGUUGGGGUUGGACAGUCAGCACAAAACGACGACCAAGGUAGAGGGCUAAUUACGUUUUAAUAAUCGGAACAAAUUUUACUAAAGGCUAUUGUAAACGAAUAAAACAAAAUGUUUAUUUUUUAUGCUUUAUGCACUUGUUAUA